AUGGCAGAGCUUAGGAAGGAUAUUUUAUACCUCAUAAUGCAAUUCUUGGGAGAGCAGAAGUACAAUGAAACACUUCACAUCUUGGAAGCAGAAGCAAAACUGUUAUUUGAUAUGGAAUAUUUCUUGGAACUGAUAGUCAAAGGCACCUGGGAAGAAGCUGACAAAUAUUUUUCGAGUUUUACUAAUAUUGAUGAGCACCCGAUUUCGAUGAAAGUGUUAUUCGAAAUAAGGAAGCACAAGUAUCUUGAAGCUCUUGAUAGGCAUGAUAUCAAGAAGGCUAUUGAGCUGCUAAUGCAUGAACUGAAAGAGUUUGGCAAGUAUAAUGAUGACUUGUACACUGAAUUAACUGGGCUCUUGACCAAAAACAAUUUCAGAGAGCAUAGACAGUUAUACACAUAUACGACUCCAGACGAAGCAAGAGUUGUGCUAGCAGCUGAUUUCAAGAAAUUGCUUGUGUCGCAUCCUGUGCUGAAUGAGAGCUUGCGACCUCCUCCAAUGGAGGGAGGAAGGUUGAGAACUCUCAUUAACCAAAGUUUGAACUGGCAGCACCAGAUGUGCAAAACCGAUCAACCAAAUCCAGAUAUUUUGACCCUUUAUGAAGAUCAUCAUUGUUCAUCAUCUGUUGCCACCAACAACAACGUGCAACCUGACACUGGUGCGAGAGGUCAAAACCAGUGA